UUUAGGUUGGCAGUUGUCUUGCGAUUGUGAUUGUGAACUGUCGAACGAAAUUGAUAAGUUUGUUUUGUCUCAAAAAUAUGGUCAUAGUUUUAUAAAUUCAACGGAACCAUGAGAUAAGUAGUAGCACAUGUAAACAUACAUUUGCAAUGUGUCAAGUGAAUAACGCAUAAACACGAUGGAAGUCUUGUGGGUUAUGUUGUGAAAAUGCGAAGUGUUACAUUCGGAUUAUUGGAUGUCACACGCGAUUGUAAUCUUCGAAGAGGUCUCCGUCUCCGCGAAGAACCAUAACGUUUUCACUGUGGAUAAGUUACAUGUACGCAGCGGGAAUGACAAUAAUGGCAGUUUCUGUUGGCGAAAUUUGCGAGAACACGAAGUUGGCGAGGGAGAUGGCACUGAUGGGCAACUAUGAGUCGGCGCUGGUUUACUACGAGGGCACGGUGCAGAUGAUCCACAGGCUGCUCAUCACGAUCGCAGACCCCACGCGCAAGUCCAAGUGGCAACUCGUCCAGAAGCAGAUGGCACGCGAGUACGAGCAGCUGAAGUCGACCGUGGCCACCCUGCAGAUGUUCCAGCACGAAGGGGAGAAAGCCAUCACUCCGCUUGCUGGCAACUACGAGGACCUGCCAACUCGCGACCAGAUGUGGGGGCCGGCGCCCCACGAGCUGGACCCAGACAUAUGGCCCCCACCGCCCGACAGAGAUCCAAAUGCUUGGCCCCCACCCACCAGUGUAGAACACAAAGGGCCUCCCGCAAUGAAAUCCGCACGAGCCAACCCAAGGACCGCCCGGACAGACAACAAGAAGACCACGCCAGCCAAUCGCAACGCGACCUCCUCACAACGUAAGACCUCCGACGUCAGAAACCCCAAGACUGCAGCCAAUAAAGCACAUAGCGCAAAAACAAAAGACACAGGCAACAAAGAUCACAGCAGCAAAGACAAGCAGGACAGAGACAAUAACAAUGGCGACACGGACGAUGAGAAACACAAAGAUGAAGAGAAGAGGUUCGAACCUCCCUCGGCGGCUGACUGCGACCUUGUUGAUAUGCUUGAGCGUGACAUAGUACAAAAGAACCCCAACAUCAGGUGGGAUGAUAUAGCGGACUUAGCAGAGGCCAAGCGGUUGUUAGAGGAGGCUGUAGUCUUGCCCAUGUGGAUGCCAGACUUCUUUAAAGGCAUCCGUCGGCCGUGGAAGGGCGUGCUGAUGGUGGGUCCGCCGGGCACCGGCAAGACCAUGCUGGCCAAGGCCGUCGCCACCGAGUGCGGCACCACCUUCUUCAACGUGUCCUCCUCCACGCUCACCUCCAAGUACCGCGGCGAGUCCGAGAAACUCGUGCGAUUGUUGUUUGAAAUGGCCCGGUUCUACGCGCCGUCCACAAUAUUCAUCGACGAGAUAGACUCGCUGUGCUCUCGGCGCGGCUCCGACAGCGAGCACGAGGCGUCACGACGCGUCAAGUCCGAACUGUUAGUGCAAAUGGACGGCCUCGGCUCCGCUACUGACGAGCCUGCCAAGGUUGUAAUGGUAUUAGCAGCGACAAACUUUCCGUGGGACAUCGACGAAGCCUUAAGAAGGCGGUUAGAGAAGCGCAUAUACAUCCCACUGCCGACACAGGAGGGACGAGAGGCUCUCCUCGGCAUCAACCUAAGGGAGGUCAAGUUGGACCCCGAGGUCGACCUACGCGCCAUCGCUAAGAAACUCGACGGAUACUCCGGAGCUGAUAUCACUAAUGUCUGCAGGGACGCGUCAAUGAUGUCGAUGAGACGCAAGAUAGCUGGCCUGAAGCCCGAGCAGAUCAAACAACUUGCCAAGGAAGAGCUAGACUUGCCCGUCACUAAGCAGGACUUCAUGGAGGCGCUGGGCAAGUGCAACAAGUCGGUCUCCAAGGGGGACAUCCAGAAAUACCUCUCCUGGAUGGCGGAGUUCGGUUCCUCCUGAUUGUAGCACUAGCGAGCUCCUGGCCAGUGUCCACCGCGCGGUGCCACUCAGCGGGUUUCUAUCUCAAAUGCAACCCAAACACGUUUGACGUAGAAACUUUACAAACAAAUUGCCUUAUAAACUCAAUGUUAUUAUAAAUUAAGUUAACGAAGUAACAUUCAGACUGUUGCAGUAUUAAUACGGAAAGUAUAAAAUUGUUAGUGGCAUAUCGAAAUUGAUAAUAUUAUAUAAGUGGAAAGAGAAAUCAUCUAUUGACACAGUAGGGUGAAACAUUCCGGUUUUCAAUUGUAAUGUAAAUACGCUUCUAACUCUACUAAUUGUUGGCAUUUUAUUGAUAACUUUCAACGAGAUAUUUAUACAAAUCGUGACCAUAAUUAACUUGAACAUUGUAUAAAGCACAAUAAGAUACUUCGUUCCAUGUACAUAUUAAAUUUAUUAUAUCUAAUACUUUACUGCAUAAAAUCGAGCUUACUUUAGCGAGAUCUGUCAUCACAUAUUAUUAUUAUUAUUUCAAAUGGUAUCCCAGAAAUUGAGACCCGUGAUCUUUGUACUUAAAUUAGGUUAAAUUUGAGAUUUGUUUUAUACUUAGAUAAUAGUUUUACGCCAUAACUAAUUUAUGUGUACUUUUAUAGAUUUUUUUAUUAAAAUGCUAUAUUACGUUAUUUUAUGAAAUGAGAUAUAUAUUUGGCAUUUAUAUUAUAGAAUUUCGCUCAAUUAAAAUUAGCAUGUUCCCGUGUGAUUAUGUUGCGAGGUGUUUAGAUAGAAAUUGUAAUGAUUUUCUCAAGAAGCCACGUCACCACCUCUUUGAGUGAACCUUUUAUAAUUUUUACUAUCAAAGUGUAUUGUUAGUGUAAAGUAGCAAUAGACUCUUGUGUUCAUUAUGUCAAGCCGGUACUAAUUAAUGAAAUGAAAACAUAUUCGGUGUAAUAACAUUGGUGAAGAUAAUAUUUUUGCAGACAAAUUAACAUAACUUGUAUAACGAAGACAUGAAAAAUAAAUCAAAUUUUAAAAUGUA